AUGAAAGACAGCAAAGGCUGGGAUGGCAAAUUGCGCGUUGAGCGCCAUGCAGUGCUCACAAAUCCGGAGGCACUUGAAGAUCCGGAAUACUCAGACGAGGACGCACCUCCCGCGGAAGAAAUCGAGGCUGAUGAAGAUUUGUUGGAAGGUGUCGAAGACAAUAUUGAUGUACGAAAGCUACCCUUCUUUCUGGUGGGGGCUGUUCUGGCGUCGACGUUCUGUUCAAGUUAUUACAUUGAUGGCACUACCCUUCUGACUACGGAGUAUAAGCGGAAGAAUCUCAAUCCUACCCUAAAAGAGCUUGAUCUAUACGACAACCUGAUAUCGCAUAUCAAAGGGUUAGACCAGCUCACCAACCUCACCAGCUUAGAUCUGAGCUUUAAUAAUAUCAAGCAUAUCAAAAACAUAUCGACGUUGGUCAAUUUGACAGACCUGUAUUUUGUGCAGAAUCGAAUACAGAGGAUUGAAGGGCUGGAAGGGCUGGCCAAGCUGAGGAAUUUAGAGCUCGGGGCGAAUCGAAUACGGAACAUCUCUCAUCUCUCUAACUUGAAAAUCCUCUCUCUCCCCUCGAAUCGACUUACCAGUCUCUCAGGGCUUUCAGGGCUCACAAACCUCGAGGAACUCUACGUUUCACAUAAUGCAAUUACCCAUAUUUCCGGCCUCGAGUCUCUCGCAAAUCUCCACGUUCUUGAUAUCUCAAAUAAUCAGAUCUCUAAACUUGAAAACAUUUCUCACCUCACACACAUUGAGGAAGUUUGGGCAUCGAAUAACAAACUCUCGAGCUUUGAAGAGGUAGAACGUGAGCUGCGAGACAAAGAAGAGUUGAAAACGGUUUAUUUUGAAGGAAAUCCGCUUCAAUUAAAGGCUCCGGCUUUAUAUCGGAAUAAAGUGAGAUUGGCGCUACCGCAUAUCCAGCAAAUCGAUGCAACAUCAUUUGAGGGCUUCCCGGGGUUUUAUGAUUGCCAAUUGACACCAGGGAUCGUACUGAGCCAACUUGUUGAGCGCAUCAUAUCUCGGGCCCCGGAGUUCAUGACUAAGUUGGCGGAAUAUGGCGUCAGCUCUUCGUUCAACGCUUCUCCAGCGACAAGUGCAUCUUACGAUGAUUCCUGCUCCGCGAAAUCUUGCGCAAAGCCGAAUGGUGCUCAAAGCCUUGCAACAUACGAUUAUAGACCCAAAGCUUUCAACACCGGGCGCAGCGCGUUAGCCAUAUUCGAAACUACCCACGCAGCGACCACUGCUGUCAAUGCCUCUCCCAUCACCGUUUCGAUCCCCGAAUCGAUCGAGUCGCCGGAUAAUCCACUGCCGAUCAUUCAGGCGCGCGACUCCGAAGAAUCUACGACAGCACCUUCUACGCCGCACAUAACCUGCACCAUCAAUCACACACAAUAUGAUCACACCUUCAUCGUCAGCCAAAACCCAUACAACCGCCAAUUCCACCUUUCCAAGACCUGGUUUGAAGUUCAAGAUCUGACUCAGUCAAAGGGCCCGGAAUCAGUCCCUAUGGCGCAGUAUGCGGAUUGCUUUGCGCGGAGGAAGAACCAUGUACCGGCACGGAUCCAGAAUAUUUGGCUACGCGAGUCGGAGAAGAAUGGGGCUAUGUCCUUGCAUGAUUUAUGGAAAAACGGCCUUCAGAAUGCGGGUGAGGAGGAAGCGGGAGGGGGAGGGUGGAAGAUGAAAGGGAGAGAAACGAAAGAAGCUGCGAGUGCAAAGGGCACGAGAAAUACUGAAGCAGGAGAUGUUGAGCAGGUAGCGGGAGACUUUUCGGAAAGCCAUGAACCGAAGCCGAAGUCCUGGGGCCAGUUUACAUCAAAGAAACAGGAAGAAGCUGCUGAGCGAUUGAAUUCGCAAGGAAAGAAAAUGGGCGAUUGA